UUUCUCUCUCUCUUUUCCCCACACAAAACACAGAUUUCAAAAUCCUUUUACUUUUUUUUUUUUAGUACUAUUCCUUAAUUAUUCAGAGUGAUGGGCCAGAGAUAAAUACUCACAUAACACAAAAGCUUCAAAACCUCUUCUGUUUUAACCUUAACCUUAUCUCUGCCAUUUUCCUUAAAAAAAAAACAAACCACAUUCAUCACAAUGUCUCUUCCCAUUUUCUUUGUCUUUCUUAUACCUUCACUGUUCUUCAAGCUUUCACAUUCAACCACUGUUCUAGUAGAUGGAUCUACAGAGUGGAAGAACCCUACUGUUUACAUUGGUGAUUCCAUCAUUUUCAAGCACAAGCAACACUACAGUCUUUGCAUUUUCAAGAACCAGGAAGCCUUCAAUCUCUGCAAUUUCACUGAAGCAAAUCUUCUCACUGAUCCAAACACUUCUUCCUACACUUGGCACCCUUCUAGAGUUGGUUUCUUCUACUUUACCUUCUACAAUGACUCACUCAAAGCUUGUCAAGAUUCACAAAAGCUAGCCAUAAAAGUUACUUCAAGUUCAACAACAGCUUCAGCACCAGAAGUUUCUUCUUCUUCUUCUCCAAUUGCAACUACUCCAGCACCUUCUUCUGGUGGAGAUAUACGAGCUUCACCUUCAUUUCCAUGGCCUUUUCAUCCUCAUCAAGGUUCUUCACCAGGUCCAGCACCAACACCAGAAGCAAGUUCACCAAUAACAGUUCCAUUAGUACCUUAUAAAGGUAGUGGUGAUGGCAUGCCUUUCAUUAACAGUAAUCCUGCAGUUCCUCUGCCUACUGGUGAAGUUGAUUCUGCUACUAUACAACCCAUUCCUACUUCUGGACAUCAAGGACAGGUGAUGAUUGGAUCAUUUGGAUUUCACAUUGCUGUGCACAUUAUUGCUUUGCUGCUGCUGUAAGAAGAAAGAGUUUGUUUCGUAGGGCAAUUUAUGUAAAAAAAUGAGAGAGAAUGGGGUAGGGAAGGUAAACCAAAUUAAAUGUGGUGAAAUGGGCCUAAAGUAGCUUUAAGAGUGAUGAUUAUACCAUGUAUUAAGAUGCUCUUACAUUCUGCUUUAGAGUUUUUAGUAGCACUUUUGUUAUUUGGAUUUGCAUAUUGCAAUGUAAUUGAUUUCUACUUUUGCUUUUUAUUAUUGUUUAUUUACUCUCUAA